UUUCCUAUUCAUAAAGGUGAGUGUUAGCCUGCUUGUGAAAUCUAAAGUUGAGUAACUUCAAAUACUAACCACAGAGGGAGAGGCAGCAAGAGGAGAGGCAUAAAUUCAGGAUCUCACCCUUCAUUCCACAGACACACACAGCCUCUCUGCCCACCUCUGCUUCCUCUAGGAACACAGGAGUUCCAGAUCACAUCGAGUUCACCAUGAAUUCACUCAGUGAAGCCAACACCAAGUUCAUGUUCGAUCUGUUCCGACAGUUCAGAAAAUCAAAAAAGAACAACAUCUUCUAUUCCCCUAUCAGCAUCACAUCAGCAUUAGGGAUGGUCCUCUUAGGAGCCAAAGACAACACUGCACAACAAAUUAACAAGGUUCUUCACUUUGAUCAAGUCACAGAGAACACCACAGAAAAAGCUGCAACAUAUGUUGAUAGGUCAGGAAAUGUUCAUCACCAGUUUCAAAAGCUUCUGACUGAAUUCAACAAAUCCACUGAUGCAUAUGAGCUGAAGAUCGCCAACAAGCUCUUCGGAGAAAAGACGUAUCAAUUUUUACAGGAAUAUUUAGAUGCCAUCAAGAAAUUUUACCAGACCAGUGUGGAAACUGUUGAUUUUGCAAAUGCUCCAGAAGAAAGUCGAAAGAAGAUUAACUCCUGGGUGGAAAGUCAAACGAAUGAAAAAAUUAAAAACCUCAUUCCUGAAGGUACUAUUGGCAGCAAUACCACAUUGGUUCUUGUGAACGCAAUCUAUUUCAAAGGGCAGUGGGAGAAGAAAUUUAAUAAAGAAGAUACUAAAGAGGAAAAAUUUUGGCCAAACAAGAAUACAUACAAGUCCAUACAGAUGAUGAGGCAAUACACAUCCUUUCAUUUUGCCUCGCUGGAGGAUGUACAGGCCAGGGUCCUCGAAAUACCAUACAAAGGCAAAGAUCUAAGCAUGAUUGUGCUGCUGCCAAAUGAAAUCGAUGGUCUCCAGAAGCUUGAAGAGAAACUCACUGCUGAGAAAUUGAUGGAAUGGACAAGUUUGCAGAAUAUGAGAGAGACACCUGUCGAUUUACACUUACCUCGGUUCAAAGUGGAAGAGAGCUAUGACCUCAAGGACACGUUGAGAACCAUGGGAAUGGUGGAUAUCUUCAAUGGGGAUGCAGACCUCUCAGGCAUGACCGGGAGCCGCAGUCUCGUGCUAUCUGGAGUCCUACACAAGGCCUUUGUGGAGGUUACAGAGGAGGGAGCAGAAGCUGCAGCUGCCACCACUGUAGUACCACUCGGAUCAUCACCUACUUCAACUAAUGAAGAGUUCCAUUGUAAUCACCCUUUCCUAUUCUUCAUAAGGCAAAACAAGACCAACAGCAUCCUCUUCUAUGGCAGAUUCUCAUCCCCGUAGAUGCAAUUAGUCUGUCACUCCAUUUAGAAAAUGUUCACCUAGAGAUGUUCUGGUAAACUGAUUGCUGGCAACAACAGAUUCUCUUGGCUCAUAUUUCUUUUCUUUCUCAUCUUGAUGAUGAUAGUCAUCAUCAAGAAUUUAAUGAUUAAAAUAGCAUGCCUUUCUCUCUUUCUCUUAAUAAGCCCACAUAUAAAUGUACUUCUUCUUCCAGAAAAAUUCUCCUUGAGGAAAAAUGUCCAAGAUAAGAUGAAUCACUUAAUACCGUCUCUUCUAAAUUUGAAAUAUAAUUCUGUUUGUGACCUGUUUUAAAUGAACCAAACCAAAUCAUACGUUUUCUUUGAAUUUAGCAACCUAGAAACACACAUUUCUUUGAAUUUAGGUGAUACCUAAAUCCUUCUUCUGUUUCUAAAUUUUGUGAUUCUAUAAAACACAUCAUCAAUAAAAU